CGGGCGGCCAGUCAAUCGUUUGUCAUGUGCUAAUGGUGAAUCUCAUUUAAAUUCCGCAAUUUAUUUUAGUGAUUCGUACUAACCUGUUUGAUGGAACUUACCUACCGCAUUUGGUAAUCGAUUUAAUGACUGCUACAAGUAGCUGACAAAUUUGUAAAAUGAUAAGUUUAGAUAUAAUUAAACAGUCAACCUUCAUCCAUGUCUGUUUCGCCAUAUCCUACUUUACAUCAGGGCUGGCACUCAGCAUGGUGCAGGCAACCCUAUGGUUUAGCCUGAGACCGUUCAACAAGAGGUUGUACAGAAAGAUAAAUUAUUAUCUGGCAUAUUCUUUAAACAGCCAGUUGGUGUUCAUGUCACAAUGGUGGGCAAGAACUAAAAUGUCUGUAUAUAUUAAAAAGGACGAAUAUGAGAAAUAUUAUGGAAAAGAGCACGGUUACCUUUUUAUGAACCAUAGCUUUGAAAUAGACUGGCUUAUGGGCUGGCAUUUCUGUGAUGUGAUCCAAGUUUUAGGGAAUUGCAAAGCAUAUGCAAAGAAGUCCAUUCAGUACAUGCCCCCCAUUGGAUGGAUGUGGAAGUUCUCAGAAUUCGUAUUUUUGGAGAGGUCCUUUGAUAAAGAUAAGGAGAUUAUAAAGAAGCAGAUUAAAGAAAUAUGUGACUAUCCGGAUCCAGUAUGGCUGCUGAUGACUCCCGAAGGGACUCGCUUCACAAAAAAGAAACAUGAGGCCUCCCUAAAGUUCGCGAAGGAGAAGAAUCUGCCUCUUCUCAAACAUCACCUGACGCCUCGGACGAGAGGGUUCACCACCAGCCUGCCGCACUUCAGGGGGAAGAUUCCAGCUAUUUACAACAUUCAGCUGGCAUUCGACAAAGAUGCCAAGAACCCGCCGACCAUAACGAGCCUGCUGUACGGGAAGCAGGUGCACGCACACUUGUACAUCGAGCGGAUCCCCGUAGAAAACGUCCCCGAAGACGAGGCGGCAGCCUCGCAGUGGGUGCACGAUUUAUUCGUCGUCAAGGACAAAAUGGCGGAAUCCUUCCACAACACGGGCGACUUCUUCCUAGAGUCGGGCGUAGCACGGAUCGAGCCGUUCCAGUACCCCAUCCGGAUCUACUCGCUCAUCAACACGCUUGGCUGGGCCGUGAUCACGCUCACACCCAUGCUCUACUACCUCAUGGGACUGUUACUUAGUGGGAGGCUGUUGUACUUUUCCAUUGGUGUCGCUAUAUUUUUUGGAUUUUACGUUAUCCUGCAGAAGUCUAUAGGCAUGUCAAAAAUUAGCGAAGGCUCAUCUUAUGGGACUGAAAAGAAAUAAACGUUACGUUAUAUUGUUACAGUAUUCACAAGGAAUAUUAUAGUUUAUACUAUAAAAUCAAAUAACGAAAAUUCUUUAUAUAAAUAAUGUUUUAUACAGUUAACAAUCGGCCUUUUCUAGGUGUGUUUAACUUUGUAUUGUAUCUGUAAAUGUUGCAAUACAAAACACAACGGUAUUCUAUUCAUAGUUGUAUUAUAUUUGGUGAUAUCGUAAGGGGCUAAACUGUUUAUAUUAAAUUUGAUUGUUUCGAUUAAUGAAGCAUUUAAUUUGAUAAGUACUUGGGAAAAUGGGAAAUUUUAAGCAUGUUACUUUUUAAUUUUAAUUGACAUGGUUUAAAUGUUUGGUUACAUUCUAUUUAGAAUACUGAGG